GCCAGUCAGGGCUGACAAUGGCGCUUUUCUUUCCUUUUUCUUCCUUUUUCUUGAUCCUUUGGGGAAGGAGAAGGGCCGUGGUUGGGAAAGAAGGGGACCUCGAGGGAGAAGAGGCUGUUCAGAUCGAUUCUCGUCUUUUUUAUCCGAUAUGGGUUGUCUGUCCGUCUCUUCAGCCCUGCAAAUGUGUGGUGAUCCAUAGAACGGAAAAGGUAAAGACUCAGAAGAGCAAAAGAUCCAUCACCACCACCAACCGCCACUUAGUUUGUUUUUCGCUCGCUGGGUCUUGCAGAGCGCUCCUUCAAGGGACGACAACUUCAAACAGAGCACCGCUUUUGGCCUUACCUCUUCCUGGGUACGAUUCACGACUGACGGAUGCCAUCAGAAUUUCUUCAUAGAAUCCAUCUGUCGAGUCACUGAGCCCAUUUAACACUUUGUUCCUGUCCUUCCCCUCUUCCCACUGGGGUGACCCGACAGAUAGCGAAAGCAGAGGCAGCACACAGCACAGCACAGCAUAGCAUACUCGGACGCCCACGUAUCAACACGUAGACGCACUUUUCCGUUCGAGUUGAGAUCUGUGAUUAAUUCUCCGCCACCUCCAUUCGCUUUCCCGGAAGGCAAGAAAUCAAGCAUCCGGUAUAACAACACGAAGGAGGACAGUGAUACCCCCUAGAAAUAAGAACCUCCGGGAAAACAAUCAAUCAAUACACCAGAGAGCAGGAGGGGGAAGGGGGAAGAGGAAGAUAAAAACAUUCCACACCUAGGAUGAAUCUUCAGCAGAGAGAGUUGUUCUUUUUGUUCGCCAUCCUCGGGGUGGCGUGCAUUGUGGUGGACGGGGGGCAGAUCUCUGAAAGGGCCAUCAUUCUGGAGAAACGACAGAUGGAGACUACUCCCGCUGAUCAGAUAACAGAGGUUACUACACUGGUUGAUACAGUUCUGUCGCCCGGUACGACUAAAUCGGCACCUGUAACUAUAACGCGUGUGUCUACAUCACUAGGAACCGCUUCAAGGACUUCAUCUAUUACACUUACAUCAUCAUCCGUAUCUCCAUCUCCCACCUCAAGUGCACUAUACUGCAACGCAGGGUAUACCCUCUGUGGAGCCGAAUUCGGUGGCGGAUGCUGCAAAACCGGCUACACCUGUGCCCUAACCGGCUGCGUCCCUCCUGCUGGAACAACCACCCCGCCACCUAGUCGAACGUGCACAAUUUCUAGCCAGACUCUCUGUGCCUCAUCGAUGGGCUUUGGCUGCUGCGUCGUGGGCCAAGAAUGCGGUUUCUCAUCCUGCACCCCAGCAGGCGGAUCCGCCGUGACCAAGGUCCCGGAUGUCGAUGCUAACAAUCUUAAACUCUCUGCUACCGCAACCACCUCCGCGCCAUCGCCUACCCCCACAGAGUCUAAAAGCAAGGGCGAUGACGCGCCAUUAUCCAAAAUCGCCAUUGGAGGGAUUGUCGGUGGGUCAGUGGUGGCUAUUAUUGCGCUUGCAUUAGCCUGGAUGUUUACGAGGAACCACAUCAAGAAGAGGAGUAACACAGACGCCUCGGGCGGGGUGCCGACAACAAAUGUUUUUGAUCCUACAGCGACGUUAUCCGGACAACACGGUAGUCACUCUUCGCGGUAUAGGGGCACACAGCCGCCUACCGCUGUUGCAGCUGCGACAAAGAUAACAGGGGGACCCAAAAUGAGCGAGUACCACCCGCACCAUCCCGCAAAGGGACCGACGGCCGUCCCACCAGCACAUUCACCGCCCCUGCAGCACUCCCCACCGGCCGGUGACCAGAGAUUCGAUUUCGGAAUUCCUGGGGUGGGAGGGCAUGGAUAUCAGCCUGUGCCCUUAACAGACCAUAUGCCGGCCGAAUUGGGCGCUAGUCCUGUGGAGGGGUGGGGUAUGGGUGAGUUGCAAGGGGAGGGGAACCCAGUAUACGAGGUUGAAGGGGAUGGGGGCGGACGCUCGCCGGUGGGUAAAAGGAAGAGUUGGGGGUGGAGGAAUUCGGGUAGCAGGUGAUGGCGGGGGAGCCUAUUGAUCCCAGAGGUGAGAAUGUAUCAUAAACAAACUUUUGUUUUUUUUAUUUUUUAGUAUACUCUUUUGUUUCGAGAUGUUAUUUCUUUUUGUCGUUGUCACUCGGCGGGGUUUUCGUCGGUCGUUUCUUGGCUCCUUUCCUCUUUUCUUUUAAUCUCCCAUAGGGAUUUCUCAAAUUUCUUUGUGCAGUUGUGGUAGCUACUUUCUCCUUUUAUAUCUCACUAUCGUUUGGGUACCGAUUGGUAUGUAGGUAGGCAGGUAGCCAGCAGGGCCGGGGAGGGAGGGGGUAAAACAAAGUAGAUAUAGCAUGUGCAGUUAUUCACUCCGUCCACUUUAUUCA